ACACCUGCUUAACUCCUUCAUCCAAAUUGACACCCGGACUCUAGGAAAUAUAUCCAGCAUCCCGUCUCCACUCUCACACGCUCUCUCUGUCACCUCGACCAGUAUCCACACCAGAUCCCAGGCUGACAGCCUGUCGUUAUUUAUCGAGAAAACUGAGCGUAGAAAUGUUGAUCAAAUGUACACUAGCCUUGCUACUUGUCUCCGUCUUGGGGGAAGUGGUAGGAACGGAUAAUGUUGAUGUUCACGAGAGUCACCCCGAGAAACCGGCCAGUCAGAAGGGACGUCUCUCCUUGCAAAAUACAGCUGAGAUCCAGCACUGUCUUGUGAGCGCAGGAGACGUUGGCUGCGGUGUGUUCGAAUGUUUCGAGAACAACUCCUGUGAAAUUCGGGGCCUCCAGGAAAUCUGCAUGACCUUCCUGCACAAUGCUGGAAAGUUCGACUCGCAGGGCAAGUCCUUCAUCAAGGAUGCUUUAAGGUGCAUGGCUCACGGUUUAAGGCACAAGUUCAGCUGCAUCAGUCGAAAAUGCCUGGCCAUAAAGGAGAUGGUCUUCCAGCUUCAACGGGAAUGCUACAUGAAACACAACCUCUGCUCAGCUGCUAAAGACAAUGUCAAUGUCAUGGUGGAGAUGAUACAUUUCCAAGACCUAUUUCCCAAAGGGCCGUACGUUGAGCUGGUGAACAUCUUGCUCAGCUGUGGAGAGGAGGUGAAGGAGGCCAUUACCCGGAGCGUGCGUCUGCAGUGCGAGCAGAACUGGGGCGCUCUGUGCGACAGCCUGAGCUUCUGUUCGUCUAUAACUGCCGCUCCAGCGCCGGGCAUCCUUGAGCGACGUCCUGCGGUUUCCUCUCAUUCAGAGGGGGAGCACCACAAGGGCGCUCGACAAGGAGACCGGGACAAACCCGGCAAGGUCGGGUUCAGUUCCCACACGAGAAGUCGGAGUCAAGGCCCACGGCGCGCCAAUUUAGAUGCCGCCGUUGCCGAGCAGGAAGACUCUAAAAUCAGUGACAUUCGGAGGUGAAAUAGCAGGAUCACCUAAAUUGACCAUGACACCCCAAUCCCCAACUUAACAGACUCAGCAGACCUCCUAAUUCAACCCAUUCACCCUCACGUCUCCACAGUCAUUCCAGCACUCCCAAACUGUACAUUUUGCAAGGGUAAAUGUGGUGCAGCUUUUUUGAUACUUCAGAUUAUAUUGCAGAUUGUUAAUUUUGUAGAACUCAGUGCUUUUAUUUUAGUUCUAAUACAGCAUCUCUAUUUCGCAAAUCGUAUCCUCAAGAUUCAAUCACUUUGAUUUAUUUAUUUCAUGCUUUAUGCAGUGUUUGAAUACAUGUACAUAUAAAUCUAUGUAUAUCUAUAUUUAUAUAAACAUGUCUAAAUAUAGCCUCCAUAUUCGGUAAUGAUAUACUAUAUGUAAUAUAGCGCAAAGAAUGCUUGCUGUUGUAUUAGUUACAUUAUUGCACCAAUUACGCAUCUGACUGUAGAUAUGUAAGAUAUGUUUGUUUGUUUCAGAAAUGUAUGUGUAAUUGUUAUUUGAGAUACUUGAUUAAAUACAAGCUGUACAGGAUUGAAGUCCAGGUCUAGCACACACAACGCCAUGUGCUUUUUAGAAGGAAGUCAUUUCGAAAAAGAAAAAAAAGCUUAUUGUGCCUUGAGAUUAUUACCCCAAAAUAAACUGUGGAACCCAA